ACCAAAAAAAAAAAAAAAACAAAACCUAAAACCCAAAGAUUUUAAAACAGAUCUACUAAACCAUUUUGGGGAUUUGGGGUUUGUCUUCAUCUUCCUCUUAAUCCUCACUAGGCUUUCCACCAUCUUCCUUUUUCAUUGUCUUCUCCUGAACCCAACCACAAUUUAUGCUAAGAGAGAAAUGUUGAGGACAUAUGGAAAUUCAUUCUCAUGAGGUUCUACUUCACGUGGUGCAUCGACUUCGUCUGGCCGUCCUCCUUUCAUCUUAUAUGAUGGUAUUCCCCAAUACGACUACCCAUCACCCAUUCGCCAUUGCAACUGUGGAAGAGGAUGUAUCGAAGAAGUGUGAUUACUUUGUGUGGCAUGAUGCAGACUUCACCCAAAGGGCCAAGGAUGUUAUUUGGUACCUCUAUAACGAAAGGAAGAAACUGUUAAGGGAAAAUUCUGAGCUAAGGAAGCAGCUGAAGCAUAGUCAUGAGGAAGAUGUUGAGCAAACGACGCAAAGGCAAAGUGUUAGUGUGAAUGAGGGGAUAGAGGAAACGGCAACUAAUCAGCUAGUGGAAGAAGUUGGUUGUGAUCAACUGUCUAAAAUUAAUAAGGUGGAAAAGAGGAUGCAUGAAAUGGAGAAUUUGUUGGAAAAGAAAAUGCAUACUGCAUUCUGUAAACUUGGAUGUGUUAUUGUUGCACUUUGCUUUCUGAAUUUGGCAUUUAUAAACUUCUUGUUUUGGUAGAAUGUUGGAAAUUUGAGUGUGGUUAUGUGUGUUUUUAGGCAUUUCAUGUAACUUUGGAAAUGGCCAGAAGUUAUACCCAAUUUGGUAAAAAAAUUUAUCUAAAUGAAAUGAAAUGUCCUGU